UAAUUAACACGUUUUUUGCUUCAGCUGCUAACGUCCCUUCAGCAGUUCCUUUGCGUCAGAAGGCAAAAAAGAAAAGUCAAGGGUUCUUUAUAAUGAGCCGACGGAGGAUAUCGUGCAAAGAGCUGGGGCAAGCCGAUUGCCAAGGAUGGCUCUACAAAAAGAAGGAAAAAGGAGCUUUCAUUGGCAACAAAUGGAAAAAGUUCUGGUGUGUGCUAAAGGAGUCAUCGCUGUAUUGGUACAGCAGUCAGCUGGCUGAAAAAGCAGAAGGAUUUAUAAGACUUCCAGACUUCAGUGUGGAUCGAGCAAUUGAAUGCAAAAAAAAGCAUGCUAUUAAGAUCAGCCACCCACAGAUCAAGACAUUUUAUUUUGCGGCAGAAAAUGUUCUGGAAAUGAACACGUGGCUAAGUAAGCUGGGAAUGGCUGUAGACCCUCAGGCACCAAACAGGAAGAAUGAGGAAGAAUGCUACAGUGAAAGUGAGCAUGAUGACCCAGAAAUAACAGACACGCCACCUCCACCCUACACAGUCCAGACCCCACCUCCUCCUUCGGAUCAGCAGAAGUCAUCAUUCACCUCAACUCUAUCAAGUGAAGCAUCUUGCUCUCUCUCCUCUCCUGAAAGCACUUUCAAUUCCCAAGAAUCAUCGUCUUCCUUGACAUCCAAAGUGGUUUAUUCCGAGAGGCAGUCCUGGCUUGACCUGGUGAACAGCUCUGCCACGGAAGAGGGUGAUCAGCCUUUAACGUUCUGCGUACAGAUCCAUUCUGACGAGGCGCCACAAGUGGUCUGUGCGGAUGCAGCAGAAAGCCAGGAAGUGCAGCUUUCCCAAGCCAAUGGUGGAUCCCAAACCUCUUACCUAAGUGCAGAUACACAUUGUCUAGCUGUGCCAGAUGCAGCAGGACAGCGAUCACCAGCCAGAGACCAGGAAAAGUGUGAUGAUGAUGAUGAGAUGGAGCGACUUUACAAGUCAUUGGAGCAAGCAAGCCUGUCUCCCAUCGGUGAUCGUCGACUGUCAACUAAGAAGGAGCUCAGGAAGUCAUUUAUCAAGCGCAGCAAAAACCCCUCCAUUAAUGAGAAACUCCACAAAAUUCGAAUGCUGAACAGUACAUUAAAGUGUAAGGAACAUGACCUGGCCACAAUUAACCAGUUGCUAGAGGACCCAAAGCUGACAGCGGUGAAGUACAGAGAGUGGAGGAGCACAAACAUCAUGCUGGUCCAAGAUAUUUAUCAGCAGCAGGAGGUCCAGGACACAUCCACAGAGAAUAGUGAAGAGCAAGAAAUGACUCCACAGCCAGUCACUGAAAGUGCUAUUUGAUCAAGGGCACACGACAAGAUUUUUCUGCACGGGUCUUCAUGUACAAGCGAUUUAAGCUGCUGUAUCUUGAGGUUUGUUUUUCGCAAGUGUGCUUAAAAGGAAAACAACCUAGUCUCCAAAGUUUUAAAUGUUCUUGCAGAGCUCAUUUAAUGUCAAAUGGGCAAGUUCCCCAAACUUGCCCAAGUUGCCCAAAAAUCACGCCUGAAUGUGGCCUGCAUAUGUAAGAAGACUAUUUAACAAAGCGGCAAAGAAACAUUUUUCAGUUUUUGGAGAAGAAAAUUAUAAGUGUCCAGCUCCUGAAGGAUGCAGAACUAUGUAAUAUCUAGUGUAUAAAUAUGAGAUCCUUGGGAUUGUUUUAACCAUACACCUUACCUUGAAAUGAAGCUAAACUGAUCCCAACAGGAUGUAGCCUACUCUACCUUUUUAUCCUCUAUGGUAACCUGACGUAUUAGUUUUCAUCUCUGUACCCAUUUACUUUCACCACUCAACCACUUUAAAUGGAGACAAAUGGAAGAGCAAUUGUGCAUGAGUUGAUAAUGUUGACAGCUGCCAGGCACCCAGUUUGGGCUCUGCCUGAUGUUUUAUGAGUUUGAAAUUUAUUUAUGGUCCAGACCAAGAAGGUACUGUCUUUCUACAAGAAGAAGAGGUCUCUAAGUUUUUGCUAACAUGUAAUUUACUCUUCAGUGAGACAAAAUUCAACUUUUCUUAUGGACUUGGCAGAAUUCCUUGGAAGAAUUAUGUUCUUCUUUCUUUUUUUGGCAACUGGGAGUAUAUAAGGUACAAGUUCAUCCCAGAGUCCAACUUAAGGAAGGUGAUCAUAUUCACAAGCCAGAAGCUAAAUGACUCAACUCCUAAUGUGGACCUAGAAGUGUAAAACAAAGCUGCAAAUAUUUUUGUAAAUAUAUGUAAUUUUAUUACUUAUAUGAAUGUGACUAUGUACUGUAUAGAUGUUUUAUUUAUAUAUUUAUAUAUCCUGAAUUUCCUAAUAUAAAUAGGCACAUGUGGACCAAGCCCACUCAGCUGGGAGUGCUUACAGAUUGACUUGAAAUGCCUCUUUAUUUUGUGUUCCAUUAUAGAUCACAGUAAUCGCUCUGCAGCUGAGACUACCCUGAGGCAUAUGCUGUGGCUCUUUCUUCUGCUUUUCUAGCUUUGAGUUUUAGAUGAAGAAAAUCUGUACAACUUAGGGCCUGAAAAAAGUUUUCUGAGAGUUUGAAGAGUUCCAUUUGAGGGGAAAAAAAUAAGAGGUUUUGCUGCAGGAUCAUGACUUUUUGGGUUCAUUGUCCUCAAUAAAAGGUUUUAGGCUUUUGCCUUCCUCUCUUCUGCAAUAUAAGGAAUUUUGCAGAGUGCUGAAUUUUGAAAAGCAAGAAUUAGUCCACCAUUCCCAAAUAAAUGUCACUACAGGAACUGUGACAAUCUGCACUUCUGUUGAUAUUUCAUGAGGAUAUUCUUUGUCAUUAGUUUUCAAUACAGUUUAUCUUUUAAAGCAAAAUACACUAUAGACAUGCAGCCAUAUUCACCUCUCUUUCUACAUUUUAUGUUUUAUCAUAGCUUGAUUGACAAAACAAAAGAUAAUGGUGUUAGUGGGAACAUAUGAAAUCUUUUCCACCUGUGUAGUGAUUUGUUUGAGUGUUGAUAUUGCACUUUUAAUACUCAACAGCUUUUCUUUUAAAAUAAAGGCAAGGAAAUAGAUGAAAAUGACUAAAUGGGGAAGCAGACACAAAAUCCUGGAUGGUUAAAAAGGUUUUCUUUUCAGGAAAUCAUCAUAUGAAUGGUGAUUCCAUCACUUCACUAAUUCUAAUUAGAAGUUAAGCAAGCUAAAUACCUGCUGCAAUUUGGUUUAGAGUAACUGCAUCUUAAAAUGGAGCCCAUUUUUAGGUCGCUUUUUUUGUUCUUCUUUUUGUUUUUUGGCUUUUUUUUUUAAUAAUUUUUCCACCAUUCCCAUUGAAAUGCUGUCAAUUAACUGCUGAGAACACCCUGAAAAUUAGGAGUGUAGGGAUUUAUCUGCCUGGUCCAUUUAAUUUUUAACUACCUGGUGCUAGGUAAUGGAUAAAUAUUGGAGGACGAGUUGCAUGUUCUAUCACACAUGUGAGUUUCUCACGAAACAAGGCAGGUAAACACUGUUUUCCUUCAAAAUCAUCUUCACUCAGAUGCUGAAAAGAAGCACAUGCUUAAGUGGCCUAUUGAGCUGGGCCAGACAAGUCAGUGCUUUGCAGUUCUGAGCAAAGUCUGGGUCAACUCCAUUUGCUGAAGUAAAUUUGCUGUAUGCAAAGUAAAGCCUAUGCGGCCUGUACAUGCUGUGUUGGCUCUUUUCACACUGCACUUGUGUAAACACAGACAAAACAGCUUUCCCAAAUCUAGAGACAAAGAGAUGCCCUUGGACUGCCCAAACUCCACUAUUGGUUUUGACAGAUUACAUAGCCUGAAAUUGCUUUUAAAUUACUCUCUUUUAGAUGGUCAGUAGAUACUUAUUGUUGAACUAUUGAGGUUUUGGAGACCUACUAAGCAUGGGCUCUAUCACUGCUUAGAAAAGAACAGAAAAUUCUUGAAUGGGGUUACUUUAAUCCCAGUUAUAACUUUAACAAAUUUCUUUGUUCAGGAAAGCAAAUGCAUGUAUGGGUUUUAUGUACUGUGCAGGAAGUCUAACUCCACUCCCUUCAGCUACUACUUAGACUCAAAAUAAUGGAAAGCGUGGAAAAUGCAAAGUGAAAAUUGCAGUGAAACAGGAUUAAUUUUCUGGCAUUGCUAAUUACUGUGACAGUUUUUGCCUGGGUUUAUCACAAGGGGCUGCCCAGCAGCGUGAAAGCCAUAAUCAGAGACAGAAUUACGCACGAGCUGACAGCUACAGCGGGGAGCUGCCUCAACAGGAGAAAUUUGGACAAGUCUGUGCCCUGCUCAGUGAUGCUUGGAGUAACUGGUAUUUCUUGGUCUGGAUUUGGAAGACCUGCACUAUUGACUCACAGCAUAGGGAGCUGGGCAUCCCUAGUGUGUGAAUGUCAAGAAGUUUUUAACCAUCUGUGUCAAGGGACAUGUUUUGUACACUUUUUUGGGAGAAAGUGUGUGUGUGUGGGUAUGUGCACAUGCACAAUUUUUCUUGUCAGUAAAGCCAGUUGGUGCAGGAAGUCCAGCAAUGGGGAUUUUGGAAUUCCUGGUAGUAAUACUUGAUUUCAACUGUUUCUGCAGCUAUUCUGGAAAUUGAAUCUCUCUGUUCUGGUGGUGUACAUCUCAUGAGAUACCAGAAUGAGAUGGGAUCACGUUUCCUUUCCUAUGAUGGAAGAGAUUCCAUGUGGGGAUUGUGAAUAUUUUUACAUCUAGCUCUGAUGAUUCAAUCAAUACUAGGGUUUCACCUUGUCAUGGUUUUAAGUGCAGCUGGAGAUGAAACACCAUGCAGUUGUUUGCUCAGACCCCUCUCUUUUCCUUCCCCAUCCCUGUGUAAUGGGGAACAGAAUUGAAGUAAAAAUUGUAGACUGAGACAAGAAUGGUUUUAUAAUUUAAAAUAAAGUAAAAUACAACAGUAAUGGUAAAUAAUAAUAAUAAUAAAAAAGUAAAGAAACCCAAGCAAGUGAUGUUCAAUGCAAUUGCUCACCACCCACUGACCUGCCAGACCCCUCUUCCCAAAGCCAGAUCAGGCCCCCCUCCCCAGUAGCUCCCCGUGGUUUAUUUACCUGGCAUGAUGUUCUGCAAUGUGGAAUAUCCCUUUGGUCAGUUUGGGUCCUCUGUCCCAGCUAUGCUCCCUGCCAGUUUAGUUUUUUGUGUAUUUCCCCACUGGCAGAGUACGGGACAAGGAAAAAUAUCCUUGACUUGGGAUAAAACAGGGCUUAGCAGAAAACAAAACACCAGCGUGUU